GUUCUGUUCCCGGUGUGUGGGUCUGUGACAGGGUCCAACAGGGCCUGGUCCGUGUCCGGCCCCCCAAACUCCCGUCCCUGCCCCCAGGCCUUGGCAUCAACUAAAGUCAGGAUCCCAAGGAACUUGACAAGAGGCUGCCAAAUUUCCCAAUAAUUGCUACUCUGGCCUUCUAGGGACUAACUCCAAAGAAGGAAGGAAAGAAUCCAGCAGCACUUCCUCAUUCUCGUUCAAAACCUGCUUCCUGCCAAGUCUGCAAGUAGGAGACCAGAGCUUCUAGUCCUACCCAUGGAAACUCAGGCUGAUCGUGUAUCUCAGGAACCUCAGGCCCUGCUUGAGAGUGCUCUGCCCUCCUCCAAAGUUCCUGCAUUUGCCAACAAGGACAGCCUGGGGGAUGAGAUGCUGGCAGCUGCACUCCUAAAGGCCAAGUCCCGGGAGUUGGUGACAUUUGAGGAUGUAGCUGUGUACUUCAUCCGGAAGGAGUGGAAGCGUUUGGAGCCUGCUCAGAGGGACCUCUAUAGGGAUGUGAUGCUGGAGAAUUAUGGCAAUGUGUUCUCACUGGAUGGUGAGACCAGAACUGAGCAUGAUCAAGAAAUUUCUGAAGAUACAGGAUCACAUGGGGUCCUAUUGGGAAGACUCCAAAAGGAUAUUUCUCAGGGUUUUAAGUUUGAAGAAGCCUAUGAACAAGAAGUCACUCUAAAGGGGCAGCUGGGGAACUCCUCUGGAGAAAGAUUAAAUAGGAAGAUACAAGAUUUUGGUCAAGUGAUAGUUGAGGAAAAGCUAAGCCCCAGGGGAGAGAGAAGUGAGAAAUAUAAUGAUUUUGGGAACAGCUUCACUGUGAGUUCCAACCUUGUUUCACAUCAGAGACUUCCUGUGGGAGACAGACCCCAUAAGUGUGAUGAAUGUAGCAAGAGCUUUAAUCGAACUUCAGACCUCAUUCAACAUCAGAGAAUCCACACUGGGGAAAAACCCUAUGAAUGUAGCGAAUGUGGCAAGGCCUUCAGCCAGAGCUCACAUCUUAUUCAGCAUCAGAGAAUCCACACUGGAGAAAAACCUUAUGAAUGUAACGAUUGUGGGAAGACCUUCAGUUGUAGCUCCGCCCUCAUUCUGCAUCGCAGGAUCCACACUGGAGAGAAACCUUAUGAAUGUAGCGAGUGUGGAAAAACCUUUAGCUGGAGCUCCACCCUCACUCAUCAUCAGAGAAUCCACACUGGAGAGAAGCCGUACGCUUGUAAUGAAUGUGGGAAGGCCUUCAGUAGGAGCUCCACCCUAAUUCAUCACCAGAGAAUCCACACUGGAGAGAAGCCCUAUGAAUGUAACGAGUGUGGGAAGGCCUUCAGCCAGAGCUCACACCUCUAUCAGCACCAGAGAAUCCACACUGGAGAGAAGCCCUAUGAAUGUAUGGAAUGUGGAGGGAAGUUUACCUAUAGUUCAGGCCUUAUUCAGCAUCAGAGAAUCCACACAGGGGAGAAUCCCUAUGAAUGUAGCGAGUGUGGGAAAGCCUUCAGGUAUAGCUCAGCUCUCGUUCGCCAUCAGAGAAUUCACACUGGAGAGAAGCCUUUGAAUGUAAUGGAUGAGCAGAAGCUCUCUCAGAGUUACUGCUGAGUUAAAUAUCAGAGAGUCUACAUGAAAGAGCCACACACCUGUUUUCCUCACGUUCUCUGAGUCUAAAGAGCUCCUGCCUUAUGAUCCAAGUAUGAACAACUUAGAAUGUGUCCCUUCCGGCUCAGACCUUUCACUUUAGAGAAUGGGGCAAAUUGGGCCAAUCAUCCUGGCACCGUGAUUAGCAACCUAGUCGGUUUCCCCAGCAAUGACACCAGCCUUGAAAAAUUAGGAGGCGAGCAGCAGAGUAAGUGCUGGGAGUAGAGGGAAGCUCUGGGACCAGUGACCUUCCAUUUUGGAGGGGAAUUUGCACUAGAUCAAAUUUCUCACACCGGGGAGCUUUUCUUUCCAAGGUGGGGAUGGAAGCACAGUAGGAGUAAAAUUCUAAGGAUUCCUCUAGUUGGAGUCAGUGUAGUCAGCACAGGAGGCAGUAGAAAGAAUGUUCUGGAUCCUGUUAUUUGCUAGGAAGGGGAAAUGGAGGCUGUAUUUCAAAGCCACUGUUCCUAAUCCAGCUUUAAGUUUUGAUAAGGAAUGUGCUAUUUUGUUUCGUGACUUCAUUAAUUAUGGAAAUUUGGUGCUGAGGGAUUUGUUAAUUUGUUGAAGGGGGGAAGACCCCAAGAGAGGCUUCCUGUGGUAACUAUCCUUUAGGGCUCUUGGAGCACAAGACCAGGUUUCCAACAGCAGCCUGGCAGUUAUGUUGGAGAACCUGUCAGCAUUCCCUGUUGUGACAGGACUAACUGGGACAUCCAAGUAACCAGUGAGUCUAACGUGAGGGAGAGGAUCAAAAGCAUUUAGGAUUGACCUCAGUUUCCCUUCCUCCUCUCUCCCUCUUGUCACUCCUGUGAUGAAAAGUGAUUUAAUCCAAGCCUCUAGUUACUAAGGAUGCUUUUAAGGAGCUUGCUCAACCAGCUUGCCCUGCACCAUGUCACCUGUGACCUAUGACUUCUGGCUCUGGCAGCCAGCCCUCUCCUGAUCCCACCUCUCACAUCAGCCUGUGAGUAUGAAUGUGAACAUAGCGCAAAGCCCAGAGAAGAAAGGCUGUGGCCUGAGCCUGGCGGCAGGGCUCCUUGCUGGGUUGGGAUGGAGUUCCCGAGUUUUCCCAGCUGAAAGGGUGACCUUUCCUUAUGUUUUCCCAAUCCUGCUCAUCCUGUAGCAUAACUGAAGUGCACUAUUAAACAGAAUAGUUUUUCAGAAGGAGAGUUUGAGUGUGUUUUUGUGCACGGGCCAGAUUGAUUUGAGUUUAAACAGGAAACAUUAAUAACUGUAAAUGGAAUCUUUAAUCUUUAAAAUUUUCUUACAGGCAACCUUUUCUGUUAGUCGCAAACACAAGACCUCUUUCCCUCAGGACUCCAUCGUAUUCCUCUAGGUACUGCCGCAGACUAGUCAUUUAGACAGUCGCUCUCACCUUCAUGCCCACAUGUGGGAUUCUGCGUGUUGUGUAUCAUUAUGUAUGGUACAAUACUUAGGACCAGCCACCCAAACUAGAAAGGUCUUACUGGUAGGGUGCUUGACAAGAACUGGGUAGCAAUGGGCAUAUUUAGAUUUCUUGGUUUGGCUGGUGGUGGGAGGGUGUUCUAGUCAUGGAGAAGAUGAGAAAAUGUCUGGAACUCUGGCCUCUUAAAAAUUUUGGAUCAUGUCUUGUGAUUGACCACCUAAUAUGUUUUUAAUUUCUUAAAGCUAUAAUGAAACUCGAUUUUGGCUCCUCUUUGACAUGAUUCAGUACAUACUUUCAAAUUAACUUUGUUUCUCAAAGCGUAGAUCACAAACUAUCCUUAUUAGAAUCACUAGGCUGCUUGUUAGUAAUGCAGGUUUCUGUGUCCCAAAUGAGACCUAUAAAAUAAUUUCUGAGGAUAGAGCCUAAAACUUUACACUGAGAAGGAAGAAAUAGUAGUGGAAUAGAGAAAAUUUCUAGAAAGAGAUAAACUUGAGCUAUGUCUUAUGGGACAGAUUAUCUGUGGUGAGGAGAGGAGGUUCUGGGCAGGCCGGUUUGGGGUGGGCCUGAGCAUGGCCACUGAUAGGGAGGUUCUUGUGGAGUUCUGGAAAAGCCCCUGUACAGGUAAAAGUAAUAGGUGAUGAGUAGUCAUUACAUAUGAAGGAUCAGCCCCUUCUCUGUCUAGACUCUGAACUCCCUCCCCCAACCCCAAAAGACUCCGACUGUCACUCCACAGCAUCUCAGUGGGACCUGAGACUGAUCGGGGCCAUUGCGUGAAGACUAUGUUUGUUAAAUGUCUUUGAAGCUACUUCUAACAUUUGAUUCGCCUGAUUCUCCUGAUUAUUCCUAGUUCCUAUAAUGAUUCCUCUUUUCUCAGUCCCUCACUGAGCGCUCCUUGAUGCUCAGUCACGGUGUCAGUUUGUCUCUUUCUUUGCCAUUAUCCUGGGAACCCGUUUACUCCCAUGGCCUCAACUGUUACCUCUAUGCAAUUAAGUUUUAAAUCUGCACGUGUGGUACUGAUCUCUCCCAAGCUCCAGACUUGGGUCUCAGGCAGACUGCGGGGCAUUUACACUUGGCCCUCUGAAAGUUUCAAAUUACAUGUUUCAAAUUACAUGUUUCAAAUCAGAUACAUCUUUUCCAUAAACUGCCCUCAAAAUUUCUGUAAACCUCUCAGGGUCAAAACUUCUGAGUUUUCUUUGAUUAUUCUCAUCCUGCAACAUCUAACUAGCAUCCAGUCCUGGGUGGGUUCAGUAAGCAUGGAGUGGAAAGAUAGAGAUUGUUGUCAAAGGGGAAGGCUUCAGAGUUGAGGUCAUGGAGGAGGUGAGAUUUCCAAAUGAUGGUACUAAUAGUAGCUGACGUGGCAUUUACUCUGCCUGGCCCUUUUCCAAAUGGCUUCCAGAUAUCAAAUCAUUUAAUCCUCACAAACCCCUGUGGUGAGCAGGUGUUAGUAUUAACUCCAUCUUACAGAUGAGGAAACAAUUGAACUUGCCCAGUGAGAUCAGAGAAUGGAAGACCUCCCCUGAGUGGCUCUACUUGGUGGGAGGCUGGACCAUGUGGCCUAGACGGCUUGGAUGUGAGGGAGGUGGGGAGGUAUGUGUGAGGAGUAAACCUCAUCCAGGAGAUUGUCUUGUCCUGUCUAUUAUGACUGCAGUCUCCUUCGUAGUUCUUCCUCUUCGUUUCCAUUCCUACUAACCCUAGAGUUCAGGUCUUUAUUACUUCUCCCCUGGAUUAUACAAAUCUAAUGGAUUAAUACAUUUUCUCUCAAGUUAAUCUCCCUAAAGCACUACACCCGUCUUGUCACUCCUUUAUGAAGAAGUUUCAGUGACUUCUCCCUUAGAGAAUAAAAUUUGAACUCCGUAGCUGUAUGGUCAAGGUUCCCUUGAGCUGGUCUCUACCUGUAUAGCCUUAUCUCCUGCUCCCCUCACACAUCAGAAAACCAGGUUUUAUUCAGAACUAUUGCAAUAGGGAAAAGAGCCUUCAGUAUACUAGGCUAGUAUACUAGACUCAAUUCUGAAUAGAGCAUGGUCAAGUGGGGGAUUUAUAGCCAAGAAGCAGGUUGGGGGUCAGUGGAUAGAAAAUUUCUGAGAGGAAGCAUCAGGAGUAAGAGGGGUUUUGGCUGAACUGGCCUAAUGGGAUUCCUGCUGAAGACAGGCCAGGGCGAUCAGACCUCACCCGUAGGUGAUGGUGGAGAAAGAGGACCCGAUUUGAUACCGAGGGGCAUCAGAUAUGGAGGAAGGGGGAACUCUUGCUAAACUGACUUAGCAGGGUUCUUGCUAAAACUAGAUUUUACAGGGAAGUGCACAGCUGGGCCUAGGAGAAGGUUCAGGAGCCUGAGUAUAGUUUGUCAAGCAAAGAAUCUUUGCCAGUUCAAAUAGCGAGAUGAUAAGAAGGCCCUAUACACACCAUACAUGCCUGCCCAUGAGUGUGUUCGCUCACAGAGUUGCCAUGUCCUGCUCCAGCUCCUCACACCCCAUCAAGAAAAAUCAGAGUCCAGGAGGGCCUUAGGAACCAUCCUUAACCUCCCGCUCAGUGCAGAGACUUUCAAGGGUAUCCCUAACAGAUGGCUAUCCAUUCUCCGUUGGAGUAUCUUAGGGAUGAAGGCACACUGUAGCACCGGGCAAAAGCAGACCGUUCCACUGUGGGGCAUUCUGAGUGCUGGAAAUUACAUCGAGCUGAAUUCUGCCUCCUCCUAAGCUUCUGCCUUCCGCUCUUAGCUUGGUUUUGCCUUCUCAUUGUGAAAUGAGAGGGAUGGGCAAGAUUUCCAAGGACAUUGUCAGUCUUGGCGAAAGCAGUUUCAUUCCUAACGGCCCCGUCCAUCCCAAGUCGUGCUUGUUCUUUGAGAUCCAGCUCAAAGAAUUCUGAGAAAGGAUAUUAUGUGAGAAAUUACCAAGUAAACGAAAAGCCUGGCUUGACCUGAACAUUUCAGCUGACGGAAGUGUGAACCACGGAGUGGUGGUGGUGAAGAACAUCUUAACGAAUUGUUUCUUUUUAAUUAAAAGGUGGUUUUUAAAAGCU